AUGAAUCAAAAUGUGUGUCGCUACUGCCUAAAAGAAAAUCCUCCGCAAACAUAUAAAAUUUUUGAUAAUUAUAACAAUUUGUGGGAGGAUUUAAGAGUGUGUUUACCGGCUUCCCUGAAAUGCGAACACAAUGAUGGUUUGCCGCAAAUUAUCUGUGCAGCAUGUUGGCUGCUAGUGCAACAGUUUAAAGAUUUUCGCAAACAGUGUAUGCUGGCCGAUCAAGAGUUGAAAAAUCGUUAUGCUGAUUAUAAAAACCAGGCUGUGGAGGAAGUAUUGGGCCUGAUAGAAAAGCUAAGACAAGAGGACAACAAUAUGAUAAAUAAAUGGCAGGGGAAAGAGAUAUGCCAUUUCUAUGAAGAGUCUCAAAGUUUUGGUGAUUUUGACAACUCGGAAAUUUCUCAUCUGUUCAGUGAUUUCGAUUUGUAUAGUUCCUCACAUGAUAGCGGUAUAUUUGAGGAGGAUUUUUCGCAACAAAAUUCCUACAAUUUUGAAAAUUUUCUACAAACUACAGCAAAUCAAAACAACUGCUCAGAUCAGUCUUCAGCUUCUACCAAGUCUUCAGAAUCCGAUACCUCAAGCAGAAGAAAAUCCUAUAAAGGUCCUUUUCCCUGCAAUCAUUGUGAUAAAAAAUUCACCCGCAAUUUUCAGCUGAAACUGCAUCUCAUAUCAGUGCAUCAAAUAGGCGAUGGCCUGCAGUACACCUGUAAAAUGUGCAGCAAAACAUUUGCCUCCAAUCACAGCCUUAGUUAUCACCAAAAAUCAGUGCACUACCAGCAGAAGCCACACUUCUGUCCACAAUGUGACAGGCAAUUUGUGCUCAAGUCCCAGCUGGUAUCACACAUGCGCAUACAUACGGGAGAAACAAAACCACGGAUCUUUGAGUGCCAGGAGUGUGGUAAAAAAUGGCCUACCAGAUCGGACUUAAGGACACACAUGAGAUCACAUGAUCCCAAUAUGGAGCGGCCGUUCAAAUGUGAUCGCUGUGAGAAGAGUUUUUUCACGCGAGGUCAUCUAACUUCCCAUCAGUUGGUGCACACUGGUGAAAAACCAUUUGCCUGUGAAUUCUGCAAUAGAUCUUAUCAAAGUGUGGGCAACUUGAAUAAUCAUAUGGCCCGCAGACACAUGAAGGAAAUUGAGCAUACAGAACAAAAGUCUUUGGAAGACUAUCGAUUGGAUAAUGAUGGGACACCAGCGGAAAUGGUAUUAAUGGAACUAUAGGUGAUAAA